GAUUUCCCUCUGCGUUGUCGUUUCUAAAGCUAACUCAAGAACAGCCUGCUAUGAUUAGCACCCUUUCAACAAUUGCGAGCCUACCUAUUCCAGCCUAUAAUGGAACAUUUACAAUCACUUGUACUAAAGGUUCCAGUAGUGUUGAAGGCGAUUGUAAUGACUAUAUUACACAACCAACUCGUGGCGAUAAUCCUAAUCUUCAAUAUGCUGGGAAGUUUUUACCAAAAGACCAAAUAAGUUUGUUUCCUAAGGGUAUUGGAAGUAAUUUUAUUAUACUUAGGAUAAACGUUGAUAAACCAACCUCUCCAGGAAAUUUCGUGUCAAUGCAUGCAUUUGAUACAGGCAAGUAUUAUGAUCCGUGGAGUGAAGGUUCAGUUGCUCAUACCAACAAUGAAAACGAGGAACUAUUUACCGAGUCUCUCGGCUAUGCAAAUCGAUAUUAUUUAUCAGGCGAUCUUGAUUAUCAUUUAACGUAUUCUAGAAAAGUUAGGAAAACAAUAGCUAAUACGAAUUUAAAUUUUAUUGGCCUUAGUCUUGGUCUCGAAACAGAUUACAACACACAAAAUUACAUUGAAUCAAAAAUGCAAAUUUUUCCGAAAGAUGGCCUCAACUCACCUUUUAUAAAAUUGGAGAUCUCUCCACAAAACUUUAUUUCAGAAGAAUUUAAAGAGCAAAGGAGUAAUACGGUUAUAUCCGUGUUGGGGACUAUUUUUGGUUAUUAUAGUGUCAUGAUGGCACUCUAUUCAUUUUUAUUUAACCCAGAUAAAAUUACUCUGGAGGAUCUUUUAGAAAAGUUCAAAAGGAAUAGGAGGGAAAAUGAUGAAACCAACAAUACAGAGACUUCCACUCCGGGUCAAGUAGAAGUUUUCCCUACAAUUUCAAGUAUUAGUAUUAGAUUGCCACCAUUGGCCGUUUAA